CUGGGUUCCUUAGCAUCAUGGCUGUUGUUUACAUCAUGGCCGACCAGAAGUUAUUUUGGCAGCAGCUGGUGUUUUAAGUCAUUGAAUGGCACACAAGAAAUCGAUGUUUGCUUAAUUACCAUAUAACUUAUUAUGUUUAAACAGUCAUAGUUAAGCCCAGAAAAAUGGAUACAGGUUAAAUUGCCAAAGCCUUGCGUCUAUCAUGAAUACAGAUCUAGACCAUCUGACACACAGCUUAGACGAUCUGUCAGUCAAAAAACAAUUACCGCGACGUCAACAAACACAAAAACCCAUUUUAAAAUACAACACUGAGAUCUCCAAACCUGUUCAGCUUAGCAACCAUAAUGAUGCCACUUCUGUUCAGCAAGAUUCCCAACAAUCACCUGUUUCUAUUAAUGGCGACCCCACGCCAGCUGCCGACCCCAUAUAUAGACGUGGAGUCUCUCCAGGAAGACACGUCUAUUCUAUUAAAUCUUCUCCAAAUUCCACAAAACCAAAUACUGUUUUGACUCCUAUGAAACCAGGAUCAUCAAAUCCUUAUUCUAGACCACUUAGUGCCAAAGAUGUUCAAACAGUUCAUACGCAUAGUAGAAUCAAAAAGAGUCCAAGCACAUCCAUGAUGAACAACCUGCCUAAUGGUGGCAUUGUACGUGAGGCGCAUAUCAGUGUCACAGAACAAGCUGCUCCCAUACAACAUAACACGUUCAUGAGACCAUCUAGCGCUGUUCACCGAGAAUCACAUCUUCAACGAGUUCAGUCUGCCAAAAAAUUCAGAUGUAAGAUAGCUGAUGCACAAAAGGUUGAACCGAUUUCAACAGGCGACGAACCAGCUGUGAGUGGUAAAAACAGCUUCCGAGAAAAAUUGGAUAAAAAAUCCAUAACUUACAAAGCAGCAUUAUCUCAAGCAACCUCAGAAAUAAAAGUUCAACCCAAGCCACCUACAUCACCUCAAAAACAUUCACGGCCACCUUCUAACAAAACACCCACAUCCUUCGAAACGCUUUCCCGAGUCAGAAACUUAAAUUAUACUCCAACUAAGCCUUAUGAUGAAGUCAGUAACCUUUAUUCCCAUUCUCUAAAUCCUGCUGCCAUCUUGGAAUACACCAGCACUAGACCAAAUAAUUCCACAAGCGGACAAAAUUUUGGUAGCACCAACUCUUUACAUAAUAUUCCUAUUAACAAGACCAGAAGCUUAACUGCCACAACCACCCUUAACACCGAAAUAAACUCUCACACCUUGAUUAAACAACCAUUGAACUCUGGAACAGUCUAUUAUAAAAAGGGUUCAAAAGCCGAGGAACGAAUUCAUGAACAGAGACCGAAAGCUGAAGGAUCACUUUGCUUUACGAAGGAGAAAAGAAUGGAGAAACCAAAUAUUGAUGAGGAUAUUGAUGAGAUGGAAGAAGAUGAUGAAUCUGAAGACUACACCCCAUCAGGAGAGAGAUUGCCUGGAGAUGGUGAAGCCAGCUGUGAAGAUGAUGAUCUGGAUGAUGAAGAUGAUGGUAUUGAUGGAUUAGAUGAUGACUGUGUAGAAUCAGAUGAAGAAGGUGAAUCUGAUGGUUACUCGAUCACUAGUAGUCUGUCUCGUCAAUCGGUACCUACUCGUACAAUAUCUACCGUUAAAGUUAGACGUCCUUCAACAGCCGUCUCUACUCGUAGCGUCAAAACUGAUGCAAAAGUCAAACCAUAUUCCAGUACUAGUGAUACAACUGUACAGUCAGGUCUUCGUCCUAGUCUAUUUCCAAAUAUACCUCCAACUAUAAACUUUAUAGCUGAAAAUGAGAAGGUGGAACAGUUGCCAUGGGAAAUACGUAAAUUAUUAAAAUGGAGAAUGAGUCCCAUCACACCUAACAUAGUCAAAUCAGCUUUAGCUAGAGUCGGAUUUCGAAUUUCUAAAAAGAAUCAUGAUUGGUUGGGAUGUUUUGGUAAACACAUGAAAUCACAGGGUUUUAAAGCUAUAAAAGAAUAUCAGAAGUUAAAUCAUUUUCCUGGAACUUUCCAAAUUGGUCGUAAAGAUCGAUUAUGGAGAAACUUAGCAAGGAUGCAGGUUCACUUUGGAAAACGUGAGUUUGGAUUUUUCCCACAGACAUAUGUUCUACCACAAGAUCUAAAACUUUUAAAGAGAGCUUGGGAAGAUGGUGGCAAUAAACAGAAGUGGAUUAUUAAACCGCCUGCUUCUGCUAGAGGUAUUGGAAUCAAAGUUAUUCAUAAAUGGAACCAAAUACCACGACGACGACCUGUCAUAGUUCAAAGAUAUUUAUCUCGUCCAUAUUUGAUAAAUGACAGUAAAUUUGAUAUGAGGAUUUAUGUUUAUGUCAGCUGUUAUGAUCCUUUACGUAUUUAUAUCUAUGAAGAUGGACUCGCUAGAUUCGCUUCAUGCAAGUAUUCGUCAUCAAUGAAAUCAUUGAACAAUAAAUACAUGCAUCUAACCAACUACAGUAUAAAUAAACGUAAUUCAGAUUAUCAGAGUAAUACCGAUGAUUCUGUCUGUCAAGGACAUAAAUGGAGUUUGAAAUCAUUGUGGAGUUAUAUGAAGAAACAGGGUAUAAAUACAACUGCUAUAUGGGAUACUAUUAAAGACUUGGUUAUCAAGACUAUCAUAUGUGCCGAUAGUUCUAUAAACAGUAUGAUAAAGUCUAAUGUGAAAAGUCGUUACUCUGUACAUGAGUUGUUUGGUUUUGAUGUGAUGUUAGAUGAAGCUUUAAAACCAUGGAUUAUAGAAGUGAAUAUUUCACCUAGUCUUCAUUCCAAUUCUCAGUUAGAUGUAAAUAUCAAGGGUCAGAUGAUUAAAGAUUUGUUUAAUAUCGCGGGAUUUCUGGUACCAGAUAAACAAGAUGUUGCGUAUAGUUCAUCAUCCACACAGAUAACAGAUUUCAGUUCCCAUGUGCCAUCAACAAAUUAUUGUAUGGAUAAACGCUUAUUUACAUCUAUAUUUUCAUCUGAUGAACGAGCUAAACAUGCUUACUAUUGUCAGCGCAGUCAAGAUGAGCAAGCGCUGCAGACAGUGUUAGAUAUUAUAACACCUGAUGACAUGAGAAUGUUAACAUCAAGUAUAGAUGAAGAUAGUCGUAAAGGAGGAUUUCAGCGAGUAUUCCCCACCCCUACCACACAUAAAUACCUCCGUCUAUUUGAACAGCCCCGGUAUUAUAAUCUAUUAUUAGAUCAGUAUAUUAAACGCUUCAAUAGGAUGGAACAAAAAGGAAUAGCGUUAUUAUCAUCAUUCUGUGAAGACGACGAACAUCUACAGAAUCCAUCAGAAAAUCCUAUACAUCAAUGGAAUCCACCGAACGCGACAACGCUGACAUAUCGAGAUCAUCGUCUAUUUAGUGCUCCGUUAAAUAAACCAAAUAAACUGGAAGCUAACACAAAACAAAGUGCCUCAACUUCACAACUUCCAAAGAUGCACAAAAAGAUUCCCCGUGUAACUCCAUUAAGAUGUCUGUCUCAGUCACCCAGUACUUCAUCUCUUCCAUCCAGUCAUCCAUCUCCCUCAAUAGCAUCUUCAAGGUAUCCAAUAAAUGGAGCCCGAUGACAGUCCGUCCGCCUGCCCCCACUUCAGCAUGAAUUUUUUGGUCAGCACAAGAUGUUUUCAACGAAGCGCUAUUUAAGACAUAAUUUAAGUCUGCCGAUAUCAGGGAGAAAAUCUAACGAUACAUGACAUGAGCUAAACAUGACUUUAAAAUCAAUCUGUCUCACAUACACAGUUAUAAAUCAUAUCAUCUUGCGGGCAGAAGGUCUGUCUUAUAAACAUGGCUUUCAAUUUAAUAUGGUGAAUUCUGUUGGUCACGUCUGUUUGAUGUUUGAAUAAGCCAUAGUUUGUUAAAUUAAUCUACUUUUGGCUCAUUUGCAGCAUGUAAUUAUUAUUUGUUGAUUAAAACAUGCAUCAACUUGUCAUCUAAUCCUUAAAGAUAUUUUCCCACAAAAGUAUUUAUCGGGUGGUUAUUUCCAAUAAAAGUAUGGCAAAUUUGGUAUAUAUGGAAAGUAGAAACAUCCCGUCCAUGGAUUCCCUGAAAAACACCCAUGGGGCGCAUACAGGACAAAAAUGUAAAGGUUUCCCUAACAGGCAACCUGACGCUUAGGGAUGUCUGCUUGAGUGAUGUCAGAGGUUGCAUGCAAAGAUUGUCUGAUCUCUCAGCGUUAGGUAGCGUUUGAUGUAUAUGUUGAUGUAUUCCUCGCGAAUAUAAUGUUUUGAAAGGUAUUUGAAGCAAAAUUUUGAUGAAUUAAUUAGUUUGAAUAUGUUUUUAGUCCAAAUAUAUCAUCAAAUCACCCAGUUUGUACACGGGAAGGUAUCUUCAACAGUCAUUCCAAGUAAAGAGUAUAUUUCUUAUUGAAUAUUUUUAAAUUUUUGGGUGAAAUCAUGGCUAUUCUACUGAAAACAGAUCGUGAUUGGUCAUAAUGCAUCCUAUUAUAAUUGGCUCCUGGUGUCAAAUAUGCUUUUUGCUCAAAUAUUUUUCUUCAGGUAAUAUUGACCUGAAACUCCGAGGCAUUUAACAUUUGACUGAUAACAUUAGAACAUGUGGUAUAGAUAUAUUACACUGCACCAUUUCAACUAGAUUUCACAACUCUCAUUUGCGAGCAAAAAACACAACUAAAUUACUAAAAUACCUUUUUUUUCUUGAAAAAUAACUUGUGAAAUUCUGUUGAAAUGUUGCCGGAUAACAACCAUAGUGAUUAGAUCCAUAUCAAAUAUUCUAGUUAAUACUUGGAGUUGAAUAAGAUAUUUUUCUAUGAAAAUAAAAAUUGCUCAAAAACCAUCAGCAGCUUUAUUUUUGAAUAUUAUGUAAUAUUUAUGUAAUAAAAUCAUAUUUAGUAUUGAUAUAUUUAUAUAACAGUUCUAACAAAUUAUUAUUUUGGAAAACUAAUCCAAUCGUAUGUCAACGUUAGGGUUGAUCAUAUUGUUAUUUUUGUGAAAGUAAUAUAUAUAUUUCAAUUUUAACCUUAAAGGAGAUAAAACUCUUUGAUUUAGGCCAAUAUAAAGUAUUGAUGUUGUUAUUUUGAUUAGUGAUACGAUGAGGUUCUAUAUGAUAAAACUUUUGUUUUUGACAGAUCAGUAUGUGACCUGUGAUAGCAAAAUGAGCCGGAAGUCCUGAGUCUUUUACGAUAUGAACAAAAGUAUUAAAAUAGGCUAAAGAUAUCUUUUUAUUGAUAUAGCACGAAAAGGUAAAAAUUGAGAUUUGACAAAUAAAGCAAUCUAAAUUUUUUUUUUAUAUCUUUAGAUUGUUUCGACAUUUUUGUUCAUAUUGCCUAGGCUAUCGUAAAAAAUGACAUGCGAUUUUUGAUUCGUUUUGCUGUCAAAGAUAAUAUACAAGUUUGAUUUUUGACUAAGAAAAUCAUUUCCUUCUUAACUUUGGUUUUAUCUAUAGACACAUUGUCAUCUUCCAAAACAAAGCCAUAUAUAAAAUCCAUUGAAUCGACAAUUAUAAUUUUGACCUAAAUUAAAAAGGUCUACUCCUAGCCAUUUUAAGUAUUCUUAAUUUGAUCUGUGCCUUGUUUAAACUAAUUUUUAAAAACAUUUUUAGACCAAUUUUUUACUGAAACCUGUGAUUAUUUAUAUUUUAUAUUUUUUGCCAAAAAUUAAGAUACAGAAAUUACAGAAUGUCAAAGGUUGGUUUGUGAAAUAUUUAUUAGAUACAUUUAGACAUGAAGCAGUCCAGUUGCUUCAGUUUUAAUUUGUCUGAUAACUGGUUCAUUUUGCUUCUUUCACAAUGACUUUCUUUCAAUUCAAUUACUUGAGAUCACUUGUAUACAAAGCUGUUAAAAAAUCAAUAGUUUCUCACAUUCAGUGUAAGAUUUGAUCAAAUUACUUUGGAGCUCAUCCGACAUAAAUUAAUGUCGUACUGGACUAGAAUUUGAUGUUUGUUCAUUAAAGAAAAAAGUUAGAUCAACAUUAUUGUCUAAUUGACAUGAUUAUAUCUGUUUAAAAAUUGUAGGAAUAUUAUAAAGUAUUUUAAAAUGGUAUUUAAAUUCAAAUAUGAUUCCAUAUAACGAUUAUUUUUAUUUGUCAAACAAUUAAUAACAUAAUAAUUAUAUUUAUAUGUGGGUAGGCGGAGAAUGCUAUUUAUUUUUUAUUUAAUAUUUAGGUUAAUUAUCAUUUGUAUUUAUUUCAUGUUAUAUCAAAUUAUUUUUAUUAUUGAGAGCCACAGUGGGUAUGACGCUGGCUCGCUAACCUGGAGGUAUUGGGUUUGAUCCCGGUGUUCCUUUGGAUAUUCAGGUGUGGUGUCCCCUGGUCAGUUGUGCAGGACGAAGGGUCUGGCAAGGAACAGUGUCUAGUCAUUCGGAUGGGACGAAAAACCGAGGUCCUGUGUACAUGUUGGCGUGCACGUUAAAGACCCGUUGACAGUUGGAAUUCGUAGUAAGAGUAGACCGUAACGCUUCUUUUUUUUGUGUAAUAACUUGCAUCAUUAUAAUAACAGUAACAUUAUAUAAACUAAGUUCCAUGAUGUCAUGAAAUUCCGGUAUAAAUUUCAUAGUUUAUUGAAAGAAUUUAAUUUAACUGUAUUUGUAUUAAGUCAGGUAUUAUUUUAUGGAAUAAGAUUGAGUCACUUUAAUAUCUCAAGUAGUUUAAGAUCUCAAUUAUUUAAGGGGUAUAGAUCGAAUUACAGGUAAAGCCAAAUAAUAUUUUAUACUCUAGCUAUCUGUUGGUGCUCUGAUUUUUAUGUCAAAUACAUGGGGUAAAUAGAUUGUAUUUGUAAAAAGUAAUUUUGAUAGUUAACAGACCUAGAAAUAAUUUUAUUAGAUAAACCUAAUCGUUUAAAUUUUGAACAUGUAUAAAAAUAAGAAUAACAACAGACAAAGCUUUAAAGUAGAUUUCCAGACUUGUUGAUGGUAUGUAUGAUAUGUCAAUAUAAAGUGGGUACAUAGCACUAGUUUAAUAUAUAAGGAUCUCAUUGUAAUGUAGUGGUGUUUUAGUAAGCUAUAGUGUAUAAGCGUCUGGCUAACAUAGGCAUAAUCGGUUGACAACAGUGUUAUAGUAACAUAGAUGUUACAGUGACCCUGUGGUGUAUAGUAUGAGUCAACAGUGUGGUAAAUAAUCAGAUUAUAAACUAAGGAUUUAAAAAUUAGAAUUUUAAUCCAUAUAAAAGCUGAAUCUAUAAACUUUUAAUUAAAGUUUCCAUGAAUGUGUCAUUUUUGAGUUGGGUUGGUCUCUGCUUCCACCCCAAUCAAAUCCAUAAAUUCCUUGAUUCACGCUUGGUACAUCACCAUCCAUGUCAUCUAGGUGCCUUGAUCUUCCCAUCCAGUUAGCUACACUUGCCUCAUCCAUAGAAAACUUACGGUCAAGAUAUGUCAUCUAAAGUCAGGUACAAGGCCUCAUAUUUAGAUAUUCUCAAAACUCUCAAAAAAAUGAUUUUUCUAAAAAUUAUUUUUCUAAUAGAAAUAUUUUAUAUUUGAUCCAAAGCGUGGUUUUUUUUUAUUAUAAAUAAUGAUACCUGCUAUCAGAGUUUAUGUUAUUGUGUUUUAUAGAACCAGUAUUUACAUUUUUUUAAUUUAAUAAUCCUAAGUGCUAAAAUAAAUUUGUGAUAUUUUUAUUUUGCAUUCCAUAGACAAUUUUCUUUCAUUUGUUUGUACUUGUCUGUUAUGUGUAUAUGAUAGAACAAGAACUACUAUGUAUAAAUAUUUAUUAGUAAAACAACUUUCAUUCAUUAUUAAUAAUGCCAUACUACCUUGUAUUUCUGGUUCAAUGUUUAAUGCCCCUGUCUGGUUACUUGUUUUAAGUUUAUAAUUAAAGAGUGAUUGUAAAAGUACUUUGUCUUUUUCCAGAUUUAUUUAUCAUAGGCGGGAGGGGUGGGUGGGACAAAUGAGAUCAUUAGGUGUCUGUCAACUGGCGUGGUUUCAAUUCCAAGCUUAUAUGUGACAAGGAGUAGGCUCAUCUGUCCAACCUCAUAGGUUUUCUCUGGGUCCCUCCCAUUUCUAAAGACCCCCUAAGCGCAAGCAAAUUAUUAAAACGAAAUUGAACCAUAUGUUAGUCCCGAAAGGACCUAGUUUGUGUUGAGUGGAUGUGAAACCUAUUUCUCUCUCUCCUUUAUCAUGGGGUAUAAUUAAUAUCGUUUUCUUUCAGGGUUUAAACCUAAUAACAUUCCAAAUCAUAUUUCAACUUGCCAGAUUAUUUGUUUGUGUUUUUUUUUUAAGCUAUAUACUUGUUUGUCUUGUUUGUUGUUUUUUGUGCAUUUCUCCUGUAUCAUUGAUGUUACAUGUUUUGUCUGAUAUUUUCCUAGUUUGUCGGUUUGUUAUUGUGUUAGUAUAUAGGUAUUUAAAAUCUAUAGUGUGGGGACUGUAAAAUUAUUUAAUGCAAUGAAGAGAAUUUUCAAUAUCCUAAUUUCAAAUAUGACCUCACAGAAAUACCAGAUCACUGGUGUUUGAUAGAUGGAAUAUAAAAAUUGGUUGCCAGUCUUCAAAACACAUUCCAGCAGCACCAAGUAACAGGAGCAUUUAUAUGCUUAAUGUUUGCAAAUUUGUCAAACCUAGUCAGAUUGUCAAAAUCUGUGUAGCCUAUAAUUUGUCUCUGUUUUUAGUUAAUAUAUGACAAAAUAUCCUUCAUAUAAAUUGAAUGUAUAUUACAUAAAGGGGAUAAAUAUUGACAAUAGUAAUCAAUAACUUAUUAAUUUAUUUAUCUGAUCUCUCAAUUCAAGAAUUAUUUUUUAUAAAUGAUUUCAAAGAAGUAUUAUCAAUUUUAUUUUUUUAAUUUGUAGCUUUAUUUAAUAGAUUUAUAAUGUAUAAAAAUAUAAAUUAUGUAUAUUAUUAUUUAUUAAUCGUCUAUCAGCAUUAAUUAUGAUAUUAUGAAUGUAAAUACAUACCUACUGAUAAUUCAUGCCUAAGCUAUACAAUUAUACAA